GUGGUGUCCGAGUCGCAGCACCCCGACGGCCGAUGCGAACGCCUGUACGCCUCUGGCCUGCGCGAGCAGCGCUUUGCCAACGGCAGCACGCGGCUCACGGUGCCGGGGGCCGCCUGCCUCACUCGCUUUGCCAACGGCGACGUGAAAAAGGUGCUGCCAUGCGGUACCGUGGAGUAUUGGUAUGCAGAGGUAUCCAGCUGGCAGGUCACGCACCCCUCAGGCGUGGACGUCUUCUACUUUGCGUCCGGCCAGGUGGAGGCGCACCACCCGGGAGGCAUCAAGGAGAUCCUGCUGCCCGACGGCUCGGUGCGCAAAGCCCUGCCCGACGGCAGGGAGCUGGCCAUCAGCGCAGCUCACCUCAGUGCCGAAAUCCAGCGG